GUGCACACCUCCUCUGAAGUGCAGAAGAUCUCAUGGGAGGAUGGUGGCUGGCGGGUGACGUGGUUUGACACAGAACAGCGCCAGCAAGUCUUCAAGUUCGUGAUCGUUGCAAGUGGCAUUUUCUCGGAGCCCAAUGUCACGCUGCCGGGACUGGAUACCUUCUCAGGCCAUGUGUCGCACAGUUCCUCCUAUCGCGAGCCUGUGCCGAUUCAAGGGCAGACACUGGUGGUGGGCGGUGCCUUCAGUGGAGCAGACGUGGCGGCUGAGAUUGGGGAGCACAACCAUGUUACUGUUGCAAUGGGGUCGGACCCCCUGUGGUUUCUGCCCAGGUACAUCAAAGGGAAGCCGGUGGACCUGCUUUUCUACUCUCGAAGUGCGCAUUUGUCCAGGUUGCUUUUCACCAACUUUGCCUUCUUCGCCGAGCCUGAGAUGGAGGGAAAGACAGACUCUUGGUCUCCUGAAGGGCUUGACUCCAUCGAGGACAUCGAGGCGGCGAUCGGGAAGAUGGAUGAAGAGCGUUCGGGAAGCACCGAGGUCCCUGAUGUCCCCCACCAGAAGCCUUCAGAGAUCACAAUGGACCAACAGCGCUCCUCCAGAUCCUCAAGGGUGGUCGCGGCCGCUGUAAGUCUAGGACAGAAGCUUGAGCAGCGCCAAGAGAUCGUGAGGAGCAGCCAGCAUGAAUGGUGGACCUACAAAUUUGCUCAAGUGACUGCAUGGGUUAUCCAGAUUCUGUUCUCCCUCGCCUCCCUACUUUUGCUAGUUCUAUGGAUUCGACAUGUUCAUCCUGAGGCCUAUGUCGUCACCUUUUUUGUGAUGGUGAUUGCAGCUUUGGCCUAUUUAGCCAAGGUGACAGGCAUGGGUGACGCUGUAAUCGGAGGCCGGAAGGUGCCAAUUAUCAGGUACAUUGAUUGGAUCGCCACUACUCCAUUGAUGCUCUUCGAGCUUUGCAUGAUUGGCGGAGCAGAGAAGCAUACCUUCUUCAUGGUAAUUGGCUGUGACCUGAUGAUGCUCGCAGGAGGCAUUGUGAGUGCCAUGAUCGUGCCGAAAAAAAAGGUGGGCCUGAAGUAUCUUUGGUUCGGGUCAUCGGUGCUCUUCUUCUGCCUCAUGAUCGCAGCAUUGCAGGUUGAUGUGGCCAAUGGUACAGUGAAAAAGCGACCCGCAGAUGUGCAACAGCUCUUCAGUCAGCUUGAGUGGCUGACCAUCAUCUCAUGGACUGGCUAUCCCAUCGUCGUGCUCUUGGGCCGUGCUCAUGCAGGUUUGAUCUCGAAAGGAACGGAAGAUGCCCUACUUUGCAUGCUGGAUUGUAUCUCCAAAAUUGGCAUGGAAGGCUUUGUGGUUGCAACUUGCUCAAUGGAAGGAGCUCAGUGCCAUGUCAAAGACAAAUAGUGGCACAAUUUGCGAAGCGAUCAAAACCAGAUCAGGUUGGGUCGUUUUUCCCUGUGUUUAUAUUACUGGCAGGGAUUGUUUCUUUUCUCAAGACCCAAAUGGAUCGAUUUUCUGAAGGCAGUUGUGGAACUUCUGCUGCACAAAGGCUCCUUUCUUUCAAUUUUCUUAAACAAGCUUUUUCUGCUGGACAGCAACGCUGCUAUCACAGCACAUCUGCACUUUGCAGCCGAAAGAGAAGGAGAUAUAUAAAUUAAGAGCUUCCUUGAACCGACUUAUAUGCCUCAUGCCUUUUUGAUGAAACUACAGGGGAGACCGUAUGAGACCGAGUGUGCAUCAGACUGCAUUGGCCAUUCAGGAAAUCCAAGGGCGCCACAGAGGACGAGAAGAAUGAAAGGCGACACAGUUUCUUUCGGUCGCUUUUGGGGGAGUUGCCUGAGCCAUUGGUGACUCCUCAGCAUGAGAAAGGGCACUUGCCUUUCGUUUGCAUCUCGGACGACUUUCUUGACGCAGUGAAGUCUGGCCGUGUCAAGGUUCGAGGCAGAGUGAAGGAGG